CUGUGAUACAAAACUUGGAAAUACGAGUACCAACUACCAACUGCGUUUGGGUUUGGGAAAGUUGCUUUCUAAAGUCGUAGCCAUAGUUGCUUUCGAAUUAAAUCAAAACUCUUAAAACCGAGUAAUCAUACAGUGGACAUAAUUACGAUUUCUUUCUUUUUAUGUGUUGUGUCGAUACUAACUGUAGCUGGUUUCCAACAUGGAUCUUGGUAUUUCUGACAGUUCCGCCAUGAAUGCAAAAUAAAUACAAAUUAUAUACUGUACUGUACAGGGGCUGGAAGUGUACAAGUAUAAAAGAAGAAGCUUCACAAUGUUGAGAGGUGGGCGUGGUGGCCGCCACAGUCCAGAGCUGUAUCCUCAUACUCUGAAGUGUUCCAACGCAAGUGACACCAGCUCAGCAUAUAGCGGUAGUGACACUAUGACAUCUGUUCAUAGCUCCUUAGACAUGGAUAUGGAGGUAGAUCUGUCUGGUCUCCUUGAGUCUAUAGUGGACUCUGAUGAAGAAGAAGAUUUAGAAGAAACUAUGGACAGUCUCACUGUUCGUGAUCCAGUCAGAGAAUGUCUCGAAAAAGAUCCCAGUGAAAGAACUGAAGAAGAUAUAGAGAUUCUUUUAGAAUUUACUCAACAUUUAAAAGCAUUUACAAAUAUGACACUUACUGUACGAAGAGCAUUAUGUGCUGUAAUGGUAUUUGCAGUUGUAGAGAAGGCAGAGACAAUUGUAAUGCAAGAUGGAGAGGAACAUGACUCCUGGUCAGUAUUAAUUAAUGGACAUGUUGGUAUUGAACAUCAAAAUGGAGAAGUUGAAUAUCUGAAUGUUGGUGACAGUUUUGGGAUGGCUGAGGCUACCCUUGAAAGGUUGUACCAUCGGGGUGUUAUGACUACUAGAUGCAAUGAUUGCCAAUUUGUGUGUGUUACUCAAACAGAUUACUACCGUAUUUUACACCAGGGAGAAGAAAAUAUAAAACGUCAUGAAAACGAAAAUGGAGUUGUGGUAUUGGUAACAGAGUACAGGGGUGCUGCAGGUGAAUCUGGUCAUCAAGAUGGACAUGUAGUAAUAAGGGGAACCCCUGAACAUUUGAUGUUACAACUUAUUGAAGAUAAUUCACGUGACUCUACAUAUGUAGAAGAUUUUCUAUUGACUCACAGAACAUUCAUUGAAAAUCAUUUAGUAGUUGCCAAGCAAUUACUUGCCUGGUUCUCAGAACCAUCUGUACGUGAUAAGGUCACAAGGGUAGUUCUGUAUUGGGUGAACAACCAUUUUACUGAUUUUGAAACUGAUCCAAAUAUGAUGGAAUUCCUUGAGAAUUUUGAAUUGGCUUUGGAGCAUGAGAAAAUGGAAAGCCAACUGAGACUGUUAAAUAUAGCUUGUUCAGCUAAAGCCAGAACAAGAAGUGUUACUUUGUCACGCCCCACAAGAGAUGAGCCGCUUAAUUUUACUAUUCUAGGUGGAUAUGAAAGGGGUUAUGGUAUAUUUGUAUUAAAAGUUGAAAAACAUUCUAAGGCUGAGGAAGUGGGCUUGAAAAGAGGUGAUCAGAUACUAGAAGUUAACAGUCAAUCUUUUCAACAUGUGAGUCAUGCAAAAGCCAUGGAAAUUAUUACAGGAUCUACACAUCUAAGUAUAACAGUAAAAAGUAAUUUCUUAGCUUUCAAACAAAUGUUACUCAUGCCAGAAAAUUCUCCUAGACAGAGGGGAGGUACAAAUAUGGUCAGAUGGCAAACGGAUCCAAGAGCAAGACUUUCAACAGCAGAAUUACUUAGCGAUGAUCCCAUCACCCUGACUCCGAUUUUCCAAUCUCCAAUAAAGAAAUCACAACCAGAAAUAAAUGUUAAAAAAGAACCACAAAAAGGAUUUAUGACACUGGGUCCAAAAAGACUUCAUAAGGCUUUAAUGAAAAUGAAUAUUCUGCCAAAAAAUACCAUCACUGAUGGAUUUCACAAUGACGACAGUAUACUUUCGAAUACAGAUGCUUUAAACAAAGCAAACACAAGCACUUCAUUUUACAGUUCCCACAGUAAUCCAGAUCUUAUUUCAAUUUGUUAUGAUGAUUAUCAGUCAUCUGAUUACCCUGAACAUGUGCUAAAGGUGUAUAGAGCUGAUCAAACUUGUAAAUAUUUACCAGCUCAUAAAGAAACUACUGCCAGAGAAGUAGUAAUGCUUGCCUUGCGAGAAUUUGGUAUUACAGAGCCAAGUUCAAAUUUCUCCCUCUGUGAAGUUUCUGUUGCACAAGGAGGAAUAAUUAAACAGCAUAGGCUACCUGAUCAGUUACAAAAUCUUGCAGAAAGAAUCGGAUUAAGCUCUAGAUAUUAUUUGAAAACAAAUGGUGUUAGUGAAACUUUGGUACCUGAUGAAAUGGCUCCGGAAUUACUCAGAGAGAGUGUUGUACACUUCUUGCAACUGAAUGCUGUGGAAGUCGCUGUCCAAUUGACAUUACAAGAUUUCUACAUAUUUCGACAAAUAGAGAGUACUGAGUAUGUGGACGAUUUGUUUGAACUAAAAAGUAGAUACGGUACACCCAUGCUAUCACAAUUUGCAGGUUUGGUAAAUAAAGAAAUGUUUUGGGUCGUAACAGAAGUGGUCAAUGAGCAAAAUCUCGUCAGAAGGUCUAGAAUCAUAAAACAAUUUAUAAAAGUUGCAAGGCAUUGCAAAGAGUGUAAAAACUACAAUUCUAUGUUUGCUAUAAUUUCAGGAUUAGGUCACGGUGCAGUUUCUAGACUUAGAAUGACCUGGGACAAAUUACCUACAAAAUACAUUAAACUGUUUACUGAUUUACAAUCAUUUAUGGACCCCUCCAGGAAUAUGUCCAAGUACAGGCAAUUAAUUACAGCUGAACAAGGCAGAUCACCUGUCAUUCCCUUUUAUCCUGUAGUCAGGAAAGAUCUGACAUUUAUUCAUCUCGGAAAUGACACGAAAGUGGAAGGUAUGGUAAAUUUUGAAAAAUUGCGCAUGAUUGCCAAAGAGGUAAAGACACUCACUAAUAUGUGUAGUGCUCCAUACGACUUGCUGACGUUACUGGAAUCCGGUAAACAACCUCCUUCCAAUGCUAUGGUGGCAUUGAACCAAUUAACAACUGGAGUUCAACAAGGCCAAGUCACUGUAAAAAGAAGAAAGAAGUCCUCCAAUGUGCCAAAUCCAAAAAAGAUGUUUGAGGAAGCGCAAAUGGUUCGCCGGGUGAAAGCAUACUUAAAUCGCAUGCACGUGGAAACUGACGAGGAAAGACUUCACGCUCUGUCUUUAGAAUGUGAAGGUUCAGGUCCGGCACCUUCCCUGCCGCGCCGUCGACAUCCAUCACCAUCUCUCUCUACUACGAGCAGUGCGUCGUCGGCCAGCGAAAGUAAAAAAGGCUUCGCAGGAAAUAAAUUUGGAGCAGCCUCACCUCAAGCCGUGAGAAAGUUAUUGGCUCUAUCCGAACCUGCCAAAACCCGUCCACACCAGCCGAGACCUCCGCCACCCCCCGGACCUUCCCCGUGCUCUCAUAGAAGAGACGGAACCGUGGCGGGAAUUUGUUGUUCCCGCGCCGCACACGAGAGAUCGCACUCGGACACGCCCACGCCGCUGCCCGUGGAUUUAUCGGCGGAAAGUAGCAGUGUGACGUCUUUGAUAAACUUGCCAUUAAGAAAAACGGGAUCGGCCACGUCGAGCGACAGCGGGCACGGCUCGUGCGCGACGGCGAACUGCGUUCGGCCGAUCCCUCCUCCGCGAAUGCCUUACACGCUCGCCGCUCAGGUGGCUCGCAUCGAUCGCCUGAACCGAGCUCAUUCGCACGAAGGUGUCACUCGUUCUUACGAUUACUAUCACGACACGCCAGAUGACGAAGACGACGAUCAACAAGUUUCUGCCGUGUAAAGUUCUCAAUACUCCAUUUCCAAAAAUUUAUAUUUUAGUAAUCUCACUCGAGUAGAAGCAUGACAUAAAACGUUUAAUAUAUUAUACUAAAAUGUAGUUCAUGUUUAUAUUCCUUAUGUGUAAGGUUAAAGACUGUCUUAUUUAAUUAUUUUAGUGUUUAUUGUAAUAUUACAUAGUAGCCAUGCCUUUAUAUAUUAUUAAUAUUAUAGAUAUCGCGACCCACCAUGUUCCAGUUAUGACUAGAAAUAUUAGAACUAGAAAUGUUCUUUUCGGGCAUGCCCUAAUGCACCUUAAGGAUGUAUUUUACAUUCCGUUGUUUGUGUAUAUUUUUUAAUAAUUCGUAAUGUAACGCGCAACUUAGACCAAAUAAUAAUUAACGUACCUUUUAUAAUAGUGGUUCAAACGGAACGCGUAAAACGGUGAAGGUAUAAUAAUUAUUGAUUGACGUUUCUGUAGUAGGUGACCAUUCUUUAAAUUAUGUACCAGCUGUACGCAUACAGUUAUCACAUUUUAACGUAAUAACGUUUAAUGUAUAAUUAUUGUGGCAUAUCAUCCUUUCGUUUUACUAGAUUUCUUGGUAGCUUUGUGGACCAAUUUUAAUUUGAAAGUAUUUUCUCCUUUUCUAUUGUAGCGAUAUAUGUAUAACGUUAUAAUAGCAACGGUUAUAAUUUUCAUAAUGUAAAUAAUAAAAGUAAACGACGUUCUUUAUUAAAUAUUUAUUUACAUAGCCAUAAUUUAAUAUUUAACAUUAUGAUUCAUCUUCAAAUAUUUUCAUAUCAUGUAAUAAAGUAUUUAAAAAUAAAUCGUCUUUGUGAAUAUUAUCGAAACUGAGCUAAAUAAUCUAAUUCAAGUGGAUGAAGAUUUGGACUUGGAAUCACUAAACUGUGUAGAGGGGGUCCUAACUCAUGGUUUUGCAUCUCCUUCAAGCUCCGCACGGUUAUUCUUUGAUCUGGUGCACCGACUCUAGACAGGCCCACCGCUAAUGUAUCCUCGGUCAACCCUGAUGAAAAAUAUUGACAUCCUUUAAUGAGUACGUUUAUACCCGUCUUGUACAUAAAUAAGCGCGUGUACUAACUACUCACUGUUUUUUGAGUUAUUUUAAAACCAUGAUAUCUUCUAAGAUAUUUGUUGAUAUUAAAAUGUGUCAAUUUUGUUGCAAUAAAAUAGUCUUUAAUAUUAUUAAACUAUACUGUCAUACAUCAUUUAUAGGUAGCGCACUUAAAAGAAACCUUCGAUAAAAGAAUAUUUUUAUAGUAAUUUUAGUAUUGGACGUAGAUAAUAAGAUUUAUGUUAUAGAUUUCAGUUAACCUGAGUUUAGCUUCUCCCUUAUUAUAUGUAAAAGUUGUGUUGAUGCCUCACUAACGGUCAUGAACUUUGGUUUCAUGUAUUGCCUUACUUUUUUUGUUAGUGACUCUUCAGUUGGCUCCUUAACUUUUAUAUCUAAAAAGAAAUUGUUUACUGAAAUUAAUAUUCAAACAAGUAAUCAUUUAUAUUUUUAUCAUCAUUACUGGUAUAAUAUAUCAAUCAUGUAACUAUAUGCUACUGCUAUUAUAUUCUAAAGUACCUAAUAGACAUAAAGUGUGCAAAUUUCUUGUAUAAUUCCCAAUAAUUUUUUCAUAAAAGCUGUCUGGUUUCCAUGUUUCGGUCCAAUAAGGUAUUGAAAUAGUUUCACCAAAAUUAUAUAAUUGUAAGCCACAACAGCUAACAGCAUUCAUUAUAGAUGCAUUAUGUAUAAUCUGGGGAGGAAAGGAAUAAUAAUGGAUAAGAUAAAAAAAAUUUGGUAUUGCCUUAAAAUAAUAUUUUCUUAUAGGAAGUUUCCGAGAUAAUAUUAUAUUUAGAUACAAACAACACUAACUAAAUUGAUUUGAUAGAUUUAUAAAUUAUACUUUACCUCAGUUCUAACACCUAGCUGCUUGGCACGUAGUAACAUAUCUGUAUGCGUUGUGGCUCCUAAAGGAUCACCAACCACAAGAAGAGCUAUGUCAUUAUCUCGGGCUUCCAUUAAAAAACUGUCAAUGUGACUUUCACAAAGUUCACGGUCAGCAAUUAUGAUAGGUCUUCCAUAAAAUUCUUCCUAUAAAAAUCUCAAUUUAAAAGUAAAGAAAAAGGGCAGGGCAACCCUUAUAGUUCAGUCCCUAGGAACUAGUAAAUAAUGGUAACCAGUUAGUAAUUAAUAUUAUGUUCUAAUUUGAGUACAUGUCAACUAUAGAUAUAUAAUAAAUAAAUGAUACAAUAUAACUGCACAGAAUGCAGUUGUGGUCUCCAAAAUAUAAACAAUAAUUUUCUAAGUUGCAAACUAAAAUAUUCAAUAUCAUUUAAGACAUGCAUAGUGUUAUUUGAUAUCAAAGUUGUAAAAAAUAUUUGCCUUGGUUUUCAUUGUAUUUUAUAACUUUUAAACAAUUCUGCAUACUACGUUUAUAACAAAGGGAAGUAAUCGCGCAAUGGGCAUUAAGAAACUAGUGAAUUACAACUUACCAAAACAUUGUGACCAACAGUUAAUAUUGAUGUGUAUCCCUCCAAAAGUACUUUGUCACAUUUUUUUACAAUUUCUAGCCCUUUAACUGUUAUAUCUUUAGCAUUACCUAGGCCAAGUCCAAUUAAAUAAAACAUACUUUUAAAA